GCGUUUUCCCGACUACAGCGACGACGACGAAGUAUCGUUUAAAAUUGGAGCAAGGUUCCCCCGUCCGUCCCGUGGUGGGUCUCAUCUCAUCGUCAUUGUGUGUUGGAUGACGUUAAGAAGGUUUUGUUGUGUGUUUUGGCUGCUGCUUGUUUGAUUAUGAAGCAAAAAUAAAUACUUUUCGACCAGCCAUGUAAAUUUUUCCCAAUACGAAGGCGUUAGCGGCAGCACAAAAUAUUUUCUUUCUGGGAUAGAAACUGCUGCGGUAAGAGGGCACAAGAAUUUUUAACCUAUUCCUGGUCAUUGGAUUACUCGAUUACCCAGCACUUCUUGCAACAAACCAACCCAGGGCAGCAGCAAUACGAGCGAACGGCGGUGGUAUCAGUUAAAUUUUGUUGUUGUUGUUGCAUUUGUUUUUAUUGUGGUGGCCAACCAACCUUCCCCCUUCAUUCUAUCGGAGUGCAGUGGCCAUUACUACUGCUGCUGCUGUGCUGCGACUUGCAACAAGACGAGACAAGAGACAUACGGUUUAUGACAACUCUCCGGGUGGGCAGUUUUCUGCCAAUAAAUGCAAAAAAAUAAAACAGACCAAAUAAUAACAACAACCAACCUCAUGCAUCUAUUGUGGCAGAAAGAAGCAAACAAUUAAAACAACAUAAAAUUGCAUUCACUGGGCAGGUCACAAAAAGAACUGACAAAAAUCGGUAUCAUCGUCGUCAUCGUCACCAUCAUCAUCAUCCCAGCAACGUUGAUCGUCAAAACGCCAUCAGCUGCAGCAGCAGUGCAUACAUACUUACGCAUACACUCAUAUACACACAGCCAAGAUUUACACACAUGUUCACAGAACAGUAUCCAAUAUCCAAUUGCAGUACAAGUGACCUCAAAUGUGCCGGAACAGAUGAAUGGAUGUUUAGCACAGGUUGUAGUAAUAACUAGACAUCGAUUUGGACCGGCAUAGACAGCUGCAGCAUCUUCGUGGAAUCUGAAGAUGGAAAAGGCCAAGGCUUACAUUAAGAAUGAGCUGAAAAGCAGCCAACAGCAGCAAUCAGAACAUCCCCGGCCUUCAUCAGCUUCCUCAUCGUCCCAGCAGCAUUAUGUUGGCAUACCACAUCAGCCCCAUCAUCAAUUGCAUCAACAGCAACAUUAUCGAAGCAACGAAGUGAUACCACUCUGCUAUGUUUGUAGCGGCCAAGGUGGUUAUGAACCAAUACGGGCCCGGCCAAACUACGAGAAACCGCAUGAGCCGUAUUUUCCUUUCUUGGAGCGACAUGAGCCUCCAACAGGGGUGCCCCAGCUAGGCGUUCAACAGCAGUAUGUCAUGGUUUGCCAUCUGUGUUACCGGUCUCUCAACGAGCAGUGGGAGGCAUAUGAACGGGAAAAGAAACCUCAUGUACAACGCAUAUAUCAUAUGAAGAGGGUUGAUAAUAAACCCUAUAUAGGAGCCGAUAUAGCCACCCAAGGUGAAUAUGCGGCCCAAAUGUUGGGCCUAAGUGCCGAGCACUUGGCUCAGUCCAGCCUAGCUAAUGAAAGCAUUCAACAACAUUCGCAACAAACCCAAAUGCCUUACGGCUAUCCAAGAACUCCCUCCCAAUAUCGCAACGAACCAUCAUUAUAUUCCUCCAAUGCUCCCACAGCGGCUCAUCAACAGCAUAAUGUAAUGCAACAGGGAGGAUCGAUUUCUCGAAAUUCUUCACCAUCGCCAGCACCAAAUUCAACGCAAGACUAUUACACUAGGAAUUCCCCAUUACCGCUCUCCCGAAAUCCCAACGAAAGAUCGCAGUCAUUGAGCAGGCCCCAAUCACGAGAGGGAGGUGGCGGAUGUAUGCCUUUAGCUUCACCUUCAUCGCGACCUUCAAGUGUCCAAGGCAAUGCCUAUGAGUCGUUAAAUAUCAAGCCUUCAUCCUAUGCCCAUCAUAAAUUGAAAUUGGGUCAAUUGUCAUAUUCAAAUUCGCUAUUGCACAACUCCUAUGGAGCUGGCAUGCAGCAGCAUGUCUCCACACCCUCGCACUACAAUAGUGCUCCCCAUAUAGGACUUGAUACAUCGCCGCACAACUAUGCAACAAACACUAAACAACAUCCGUCACAGCAAUUACCAGCAAUGUCGCCCUCCGAUCCCAAUAUGGGGGGUUUGCACAGAACUACGACGCCACAACAAUGUCCACCCAGUCCAUAUAGUGUAGAUUAUACAACGAAUAUGCGUGAAACGGAUGAUGUUUUAGAUCUCCGCAAUAAUAGACCAUCUUCGAUGCCUGCAAAUGUCCUGCCCACGUCAUCAAUAUCUGCCCCCUCGACACCAAUGACAGUGGUGCCACAUAGCGGUGGCAGUAAUGCAGCGGCUCCAACUUCAGAAGUUGGCAUAUUGGAUUUAUCCAUGCCCGAUAAAAAUUCAACCACAGAGGUGUGUUACGCCUGUGGCGAUGAGCAGAGACGUGGUAGUCUCAUUGAGAUCAGCACUCUUAAAUCAAAAGAUGACAAAACAGAUCGUCCGUACUUUCCUAUAUUCUAUGAUAUGCAUCCCAGACCGGCGAGAUCACGUCCCAUGGAUCCACGCGGUAUGAUACAGGCGUGUCAUUUAUGCUAUGACCAUCUAAUGAAACAAUGGCAGCAUUUUAAGACUAAUCAAAUACCCGAAAGUGAACGGAAUUACUACCUAAGAAAAAAGCCUGCCUCUGCCGUGGAACGUGCUAAAUUUGUGUGUUACACCUGUGGCACGGAUGCACCUUCCUCACAACUAAGACUGGUCUAUUGUUGUCCCAAUGCAGAACGUGAACCCUAUUAUCCAUUUAUAAAAACAAUGACAGCCUAUAAAAAUGCUAGUCCCAUAAGUCCACAAGGCAUGGUGCAAAUAUGUUCCACUUGUUAUGAAAAACAUUCUAGUCGUGCCGAAGGUGUUCAACAAUCGUCUAUCGUAGUCUCAUCAGCAGCUGGAGCCACGGCAGCCGAAAAGACAUGUGAGAGUAAUUCAAAUCACUCAUCAACGCAACAGCAACAACUACAACAGCAGCAGCAGAGGGAUUUAAAACAUAUGCGGGGCAAUGAUUCACGGCCAACAACACCUAACACACAGCUGCAGCAGCAACAACUACAACAACAGCAGCAGCAGCAUCAAUUGCAGCAACAGCAUUAUCAGACAGUAGCAGGACAGCAACAACAAUUAGAAAAUGGCCAUGGGCAAUAUCCCUGCUAUAUCUGUAGAACCUUGUGCGCUUCUAAUAAAAUGGAAUGGCUGUCCACAAGUGCUGAGCACAUGAAUUCGCAUGCAAUGCAUUUUCCCUGCCUUAAGGCCAAUAGCAACAAUAAUGCGGGAAAUAAUUCAAAUUCAAGUAGCAGUGGAGGUGGCGGCGGAGCAGUAGGUGGCCGUGAUAACACUUUAAAUACAAGCAGCGGGUCUGCUAUCAAUAAUGACCCCAAUGGUAAUCGGGUAUUGGCCUGCAAGGACUGUGUCAAUCAUUUGGCCCGCCAAUGGGAAACAAUGGAUGCCGAAAGGGUGCCAUUGGAGCACAGAAGAUACAACAUUCCUUCUCCUGUUAUAACUGCCACCUCACCGAAUGGCUCUAGACACGGUGGUUUGAGUAUUAAUACCCCGCCAUCUACACCUUCGAUGUCCUCGACACCGGCUACCACCUCCAUAUAUUGCUUUUUAUGUGGCUUACAUUCGGAUUUAACAUUGGCCAGGGUUUUGUAUGCCAGCAAAGAGGGUUCCAGACCAUAUUUUCCAUUUCUAUUGAAACACAAUUCCUUGCCCAAUGCUGAGCAAUUGAGGCCUGACUAUUCGGCAUAUGUUUGUACAUUUUGCUACCAUUCAUUGCUGAAACAAUGGAGAAAAUAUGAGUCACAAAAUCCUUCUAUGAACCCGGUGGAUCGCAAAUAUAACUGGCACGAUUAUAUAUGUCAUUUGUGUAACAUAACGACCUAUAGGAAACGUGUUCGAGCCUUGCUGGUCAAUGAGUUUCCUGUUGUGAAAACUCGAAAAUCUGAGGAUGGCCUACUGCUGGAGAAUGGUGAAUAUGCUGUGGUCUGUUUGGAUUGUUAUGAAAGCUUGAGACAACAAGCUUCACAAUAUGAUCGCUUUGGAGUUCCCAUAUCAAAGAGGGCCUACAAUUGGGUACCCCAGCCCCCACCACCCGAAGAUAGUCCGGAUGCGGCAGUGGGUCGUUUACCAUGUGGUGAACGUUCGGAUAGAGUUCCAUUGAACAAUGCCCUGAGACCAGUUGCCACCACCAAAAAGAAUAGUUCACCCAAGCUGUAUGACAAGUCUAGAGAAGUGCCACCCAAGACGGCUCAGAAGAGACCGGCCACAAGUCCAGCACCAGCCGUACCCUCACCACAUCAUCUACAAUCGCCUUCGACCACCAACAGUGCUGCAGUUGUUGGUGGUGGCGUAGCGGUUAGCAAUUCAACAAUAAAUGCACCACCACCGGGCUCCACAAAUCCCGGCGGCGGACCACCUGGCAUAAUUAACCAUCAAUUGCCUCCCAAUCAUCUGGGAGCCCAUUCACCUUCUUUGGCCCAACAACAGCAUCAAGCCCACCAACAGGCGGUGGCUGCUGCGGUGCAGGUUCAACAACAAUUAGCCGGAGUGCCACCGGGCGCUCUCAAUCAAAAUGCCGCCCAGGCACGUGGACCAUUUGCCUCCGCUUUGCGUAAUCUUGCCAAACAGGCUGAUAUUAAAGAGGAGGAGGAGGUUUCAUCACGCGAUCGCAAUGAACGCAAUGUGGUGGCUCCCAGUAUUGCAGCGCCCAGUGGGGGUGCCUCGAAUACAUCAGUAUCGAUUAGUUCCAAUAGUAAUCCCAACAAUAGAACCUCAUUGGCUGCGGAACGCAUAGGGGGCUCCUCAUCGCUGACACCCACCUCCAACAAUGAUGAACGUUCUACGUCUGCCAAAAAGCGAUCAGCACCCUCACCACAGCCGGCUGAGAAAAUUGCACGUCUCAAUUCACAGCCGAGUUCAAGCAUGCAGCCCGAGCUCUUGGCUCGUAGUGGUUUCCAGCCCUAUCGAUCCGAUGAAAGACUUAUACAUCCGGCCGGAGCUUUUCCACUGGAAGCAUAUACGCACUUUGCAGGCAUACCAGGCAUGCCGCCAGGUGCCUUCUUGAAUCCUGCCAGUCUGCCUUAUAGCGAACAAAUGUACUUGGAUCAGCGUUUCCAACUGCUUAGAGCUGCCACCCAUCCUUCCCAUCCCCAUGCCGCCUUAUAUCCACCCAUAGCUUCACCAUACGCUUCCCAUCUAUACUCGAUGAUACCGGGCGCCACUAUGGGCUUGGGGUCCAGUUUGCAUGAGCGCAUCAAACUCGAUGAAGAGCGUCGUGCACGAACGUUAGCCCUCGAAGAGGAACGUGAACGUGAGCUGCAACGUGAAAAGGAGCGUGAGCUAAGGGAGCAACGAGAACGUGAGCAACGUGAAAAGGAGCAAAGGGAACGCGAACAGCGUGAGAAGGAACAACGAGAAAAGGAACAAAAGGAAAAGGAGGCACGCGAGCGUGAGAUGCGCGAAAAGGAGAGAGAAGCCCGUGAAAGGGAAAGACAGCAGCUGCUUUCGGCUUCGGCCCAUCACUACUCAAAUCCUUUGUAUAAUCCCUUGAGUCGCAACCUAUUGGGUUCCAUGAUACCCCAUCUGAAUCUGAGCUUGCGAGCUCCUCCCGGUGGCCUGCAUGGCCUUUCGGGCAUGUCACCCUAUCACCCCGCUAACCAAAGACAAAGUCCCCAUGGGGCAAUGGGUCUGCCGGGUUUGGGUAUACCUGGUCUCACCUCAAUGUCGCAUGCCAAUAUACCACAUCAUUUGCAGCAGGCUGCUUUUGGCCUUAGUACCGCAGGUUUGGGCCAUCCUGGAUUUUCGGCGGCCGCCUUGGGCUUGGCCCAUCAUAGCAUGAAUUUGAGCCAUUCGCAUAUGUCACCGCACCAUCCGGCAAUUACAUCCAGUCAUCAACUGCCACCGCACUCAACAUCAUCAGUACUGACCUCCACAGCAGGUUCGGCGGGUUCGCCCCACAACGCCCUGAAUAUCGCCAUCUCGAGUGCGGGCAUGCAGGUGAGGCCUUCGGAGACUGCGAACACCAUAACAUCGCUGGCACCCACCAUACAAUCAACAGGGAGCAUAGCCCAACCCACCUCUUCGUUGUCCACACACAUGUCCUCCAUGAGUAAUUCAGCGUCGGCAGCGGCUCUUUUUUAUUCCCAUCCCAACCAUAUGGCGGCCAUGCAUGCGGCAGCGGCGGCUGCCAGCUUGCCCUCAAGCCAAUCACCACAUACCUUGCCCCUCUUACCAUUGUCCGGUGGUGUCAAUCCCUCCAACUUCAGUGCAGCCUCAAUGGCUGGCAAAAUGGCUGGCUCCAGCACUACACCUGUGUCGUCUUCAACGAAUACUCAGAAUGGCAGUAAAAGCACGGCGCCCAGUCCCCAUGCAAUGCGUCAUCACAUUGCCAAUGUAGUGCCUCAGGUCACAGCCAUGGAUAAGCCCUCAACGAAUGCGGGCAUCUCAACCUCGACCCAUGAGCCCACAACAUUGGAUCUCACCGGUUCAAAUUCGAAUUCCAGCAAUCAUGCACCCUCAACGGUUAGCAAUUCGGAGUCGGUAAGGGCCAGCAGCAGCAGCAACAUACAAAUACCAACGAAUGAGGCAAAUGGGGGCAUGGAAGCCGCCAAUAAUGAUAAUAACAAUGGCAAGGAGGGACCAGAGAUUGGCGCUGGCGGCGGCAGCUCGGAGCUAUCCUCCAAGGCUACCACAAUGGGAGACUCACAUUUGGGUGAUAAGAAGCCAACGCAAUCGCCCAGCACAACGACGACAAGUCAACAAAUGGCAGGCAAAGGUGAUGGCAGUGAAGAGGUUGGCAACGCUGCUGAACAGGUUAUGAAUAGUCAACAGCGUAGCAGCAAACAUGGUAAUAGUCCACCGGGUCAAGAGACGGAUAACAAACAUGCCACACUGCAUAAUACGUUAAAUGCUAGUUUUGCAGCUGCCAUAAGCAACAACAACAACAACAAUAAUGCAGCCACAGAAGAAACAACGAGCCAAACACAACAAACAGCGGCCUCAUCAUCAGCUUUAUGACAUCAUCUCUUUAAGAAUAUGAAUAAUUAGUAAGUGGAAAGGUUCCUUAAUAUUUUCCAUAGUAACAACACAUGAAAAUUGAUGUUACCAAACAUAAACAUUCUGUAAAACCCUGACAGCAAGAGAAUAUAUAGAGGAAAUAUUACUCUCUUUACGAUAUUGUCAUUCUCUAUGUCGAGAAUGCAUAUAAAAAGUUAAAGGGAGAAAGAUUGGGUCUGUGCAUGUCAGUUGCAUUGCAUUGUUGCAGUGUAUGGUUAUCGAUAUCAAGCGAUAACACUUACUUUGCCUUGUGUGCUAUAGGUGGUGUGUUUUAUUUUAGUACUAUUCAGUGCAAGUCAAUGGUUCUGGAUAGAACUGCAGUGCAAAGUAGUAUUGAAAAGAUAUCGAAGUCAUGCGAUAACAGAUAAUAACAACCGAUUAAUCUCGAUUUGACCUUUAUAUUGCUAAAAUAAAACACAGCAAGUAUUAAAAUAACACAGGCCCCAUGUAGUAUGCCAAGGCGUUAUUAAACUGGUGAUUUUAUUAAAGAAAACAAACAAGACAUAAAACCAUGAAAAACGAAUUGAAACAGACUUGAUUAUUAAAAAAAAAAAAAUAAAUUAAUAUAUGGUAGACAUAAAACUAUUUUUUUCCAACAAGUUUAACUAAUUGUUUUAAUUUGUUUUUUUUUAUAUAAAAAUGAUAUGAAAAUAUUGUAACUGAGGUAAAUAAAAUUAUUAAUGUUUAAAAACUAAAAAAUAAAAUAAUAAGCCACAAAAAUAAAUUAAUGUGUUUUACAUAUUAUACAUAAAAAAGAAACACCCAAGACCUAUUACAAAAAAAAAAAAUACAAAUUAUGUAUAGUUAUAAAAUAAUAAAAAUACAAGAAAAAUCAUUAAAAAACAUUUAGGUUAAAUAAAUUCAAUGUGAUUUUAAUGAAAGAUAUUCGAUAAACCAAAUAAGAAAACAAAAAGAAUGUUGAAUAGCAAAACCCAACAAAUUUGAAAAAAUCUUGAAACAAAAACAUUGUAAUUUAAAAUGGUAUUUUUUCUUCUAUUUAUUAUGAAAACAAAAAAAAAAAACAAAAACAAAAUCAACAAAUAAUUAAAGAUUUUCAGUGGACAAUUUUUUUAUUUAGGAUUUAUUUGCCUAGUAUGAAGAACUAUUUUGAAAAUCUUGAGCCAUCUGUGAUAAAAACUAUGAAAAAAUGAAUAUAAUAACAAUAUUAUAAAAAAAAUGAAUGAAAAAAAUACGAGAUUAAAACAAAAACGAAUAUUUUAAAUAAAAAAAGAAGUUGAACAAAAAGUCACUCAUUCAAAAUUCAAAUUCCGCAAUUAAAGUAGAAACUCAAAUAAAAUAGGAAAACGAAAAGGUGAAAAUUGAUUGUAAUUUUUCCAUAUAAAAAUUUUUUAAACAAUUUUUUCUGUGGAAAAUUUUCUAAAGAAAAUUUUUAUACAGAAAUUUCUAAAGAAAAUUUUUAUGGAGAAAUGUCUAUAGAAAAUUUCCUAUUCAUAACUUAGUGUUCCUCAGUGGAGCUUGUUUGUAGUGAGUUUGGAAGAAAAUAAAUUGUCAGUUUCUCAGACAACUCUUGGACAGUCAAACUCAUGGAUAUGGUUCACUAUGUUACCGAUGAGUUAAUCUUAACCAAUUAUCGAAACGCGUCUACCAAAGAUGUGAUACGUGUCCAAAUAUGUCUGAGAAACUGGCAUUUCUUUUCCUCAAAACUCAUUUAAAUCAAACUCUUUUUUGUGUUUAAAAUAGAAAAAUUUCUAUAAAAUAUUUCCAAAGCAAAUUUCCUAUAAAAAUUGUCCAUAGAAUAUUUUUAUAGAAAAUUUUUAUAGAAAAAUUUCUAUGGAAAAUUUUUUAUAGAACAUUUUCUAUAAAAAUUUUCCAUAGAAAAUUUUCUAUGGAAACUUUUUAUAGAAAAUUUUCUAUGGAAAAUUUUUUAUAGAAAAUUUUCUAUGGAAAUUUUUUUAUAGAAAAUUUUCUAUGGAAAAUUUUCCAAGAAAUUUUUCUAUAAAAAUUUUCUAUAGAAAUUUUUCUAUAAAAAUAUUCUAUGAACAAUUUUCUAUAAAAUUCUAGAAAAUUUUCAAUUUUUCAAGUCUUUUUUGCCUGUUAGGGCGAGAUCAUUAAAUUUUACAAUUUUUGUUUGUUUCUCUUUCGAGACGAGCUGAAUGAUCGAAGAUGCAAAUGGAAAAGGAAAGCCAAAGGUAGCAACACACACCAACCACUAUGGGACGCGUUUCGUCUUUGGUUAGAAGACUUUUCAACCAUAUUAGGUGUGAUGCCUUUAUGGGCCGUGCGUUGGUAUGUUGUAUUUAAAUCGUAUUUAAUUGCGAAAACGCAUCUAUGAUACAAUUACCACAUUAACCAAGCUCGAACCAAAAUUUUCUAUAAAAAUUUUCCAUAGGAAAUUUUCUAAAAAAAAAACAAUUUUUCACCUUUUCCCAUUCACACUUUUUUUAGUUCAAAACAAAGGUCAUAGGAAAAAGAAACGGAAAACAAAAACAAAUUUCAUUUUGUUACUCUCUCUAUAUUUAUGUGCGACGAUGAUUAUAAAUGUAAAAUCCGUUUUUAUAUACUAUAUUAUAUAUGUAUAUGUAGAUAUGUAUGACUAUUAGUGUAUAUUUAAUUUAAAAUGAUUAUUUGCCUGCCUAUAAUAUGAUUUAAAAGCAAAAUUAAGUUUUGUGUAACUAUGCAAUUUUUAAAACAAAGUCCCUUCCUAGUAUGAAUAAAAUAGAAUAACAACAACAAUAACAAUAAAAUACACAAACCAACAGUUAAAUUGGCAAGAAAAGAAAAAAAAAACGCGAAAUCCCUCUUUAAAAUUAACUUUAAAUAGGAAUAAAUGCAAAUUUUUGAAAUGUCAACGAUCAACAACAACAAUUAUUAAAUGAAUCACUUGUCCCACACCAACACCACCCAACAAUACACAUACAAUCUCAAAUCAAUUAAUGUCAUAAUCAGCUGUUUGCAAAAUAUGUAACAUAUAAAACAAAAAUAAACACUAAACAAAAACAAAAAUACCUACAUUUGAUUUUAUGGAAUCAAUUUGAAAUAAAUUUAAACCCAAAAAAUAAA